AUUCUUAUGGAAAAUUGAAAGGAAGAGGCGGAUAAAGAGAAUAUUACCAUUGAGGCUCCUAAAGGAACUGAAAUCACUAGUACUGUAGAAAAGAAUGGACAGCCAUUGAAGUCUGACUCUCUUGUGAACCAAGAAUCAGCUCCAAAAGAAAGUGACCCGAACGAAGAAUUAGUAAUGACCCCUUUUGCUUCGAAGAAGACUAAGGGGAAAAAGUCUCUUCAAGAUCAUUUCCAAAGAUUCAAGAAGAAGAGAAGCGAGCAAAUUAAGUACAAGCAAUACUUAACUAAGAAGAACUCUAAUCCUGGAAGGAACAAGGAAAUGCUGAGGCAGAAAUUCGUCGAAACUGCUAAGAAGUACUACGGAGUUCCUUAUGCUAAAAGAUACCAUAAACCAGGAGACAAGCUUUAUGACUCUCCACUAUUCCUUGACUGCUGUGCUUUGGUCAGACAAGUAGUGUACGAUAUGAGAGAAGACCUUGGGUUCUUCUUAGAUAGAUGGAACCAAGGGUAUCAGUAUGAUACUCUUCCAAUUGAUUUGAAGGAAGAAGAGAUGAAACCUGGUGAUCUUGUAUUCUACUCUGCAAUUUACUUCAGUGAUAAGAAGAAAAAGCAGAAACACAAUAUGGUCCAUGUAGAGAUCUUCAUGGGAGGUGAGACUGGAGAGCAGUCUAUUGGCGCAAGAUGGCAGAAAGGAGUAGUACAGCUAUUCGACUCUUACAAGUUCAAAUCAACCUCUUAUCACUCAAUUCAGUUCCAUUAUAAGUCAAUAGAUACCUGGCUGGAAGGCGUCUGCAGAAGUUGGUGUGAUAUUCAUUCAUGGAAGAGCUCAACCUUGCUAUGGCAUCCCAAUAAGAAGUCCAUCUUUACAGAUGAAGAAGAAUGUACUGAAGCUGAUCUUGAAGGGCCAGGAAUGGAAGGCGAAGGUGAGGAAGAGAAAGAAGAAGAUAAUACUAGCUUCUUUGUUGGUAGAGGUAACAACAACGCUGUUGUUAAGGACGCUCUCAUUGAAAAUGGGCUUAGCCAACUUCCUAAAGGGAUGGACUGGAGUGAUAAAUACAGAUUUAAGUGGGUUCAGACUCCUCAAGAGGUGAACUUCAUGAGAACUCUAGAAGGAAAACAUAUAGUCAAUCAUAUUUCAAACUGCUGGAUUUUUACAAACAAAGUAACAACCAUGGAAACCAUUGAGAACCUUGGAUAUAGUGUAAAGAAUGGCGAUAUUGAGACUUCAUUCAAACCUGAAAAUUUCUUCCCAGAAACUUACAAGUUGGGUCAUGCUCCAGACUUAGUGAAGUUCUUGAAUCAACCAGAUGAAGGAUAUUGGUUGCUUAAAAAGAAAAACUCUAAUUGUGGAAGAGGAAUAACAUUGAUUCAAGAUGUCAAGCAAUAUAAAGAUGAUCUUGUGAUCCAAGAAGCUAAGGUAGAAAAGCCAGAAAUAGAAACUCCUGUAGAAGCUGAUAAUUCUACAGAUAUUUUACUUCAAAAGAUGAAGGAAAUGGGUAUUGAUACUGAAGAAACAAAGGAGGAAGAGAAAGUACAAGAAAUCAAACCUUCAACUGAAGACUUAGAUAUUGACCAAUCUGAAUCCAAAAGAAAGAUCAAGAAUAUCCGUUCAUUAGUAAAGGAGCUAAAGAAUGUGAUUAUUCAGAAAUAUGAAAGCAAGCCAUGUCUUUACAAAGGAAAGAAGUUUGAUAUUAGAAGCUAUAUGGUCAUCAAUUGUACAAAGCCUUACCUUGUCACUUUCAACGAAGGAUAUUGUAGAAUCUCUCUGAAUGAUUACACUUUGGAUGAUUUCAACACAAAAGAGGGAAAGAUUACCCACAUGACGAAUAAUUCUGUUCAGAAGAAGCAUCCCGAGUAUAAGACCAGAAAAGAAGAAACAAUUAUCGAUAUGCAGACUUUGAAAGAGUAUCUUGUUGAGAAGGGCUUUUCUGAAGAAGAAUUCCAAAAUAGAGUUAUUAACAAGAUGAAAGAGAUCAUGAGAAUUAUUUUCCUGCAGGUCAAGGAUAACCUGGAUAAGACCUUUGGAUGAUUCGAACUACUUGGAUGGGACUUCAUGCUUGAUGAAGACCUUAAUCCUUACUUGAUUGAGAUUAAUAUUAAUCCAGCUCUUUUCACUGAUACAUCAACACAGAAGAAGAUAAUCCCAAGAUUGAUCAAUGAUACUGUAUCUAUUGCUUUAAAGCUUCAUUCAUUUGGCAAGACAAGUGCAGGAGAAGAAAAUAUGGAGGCUAUAGUAGCAGCCCUCGAGGAAGAUACACCAGGGAAGAAGUACAAUUUAGAAAUCUUGUACCAAGAGGGUGCUCCUAGUGUUCCUUUCGUAUAAACUUGUAUUGAAUCUUGAAUUUACGAAAUUG